UUUCACAUUACUGUUUGAAAGAAAGACAUCUUUACAAGUGAGCCCUGGAUUUAUUCCAUGACCAUAUGUAAUGAAAAUAUAAUACCAUCAGAAGAGAAGCUUUCUGAAACGAAGAGACCGUGGUCAUCUUUUAGCCGGAGGGAUGAGGGUCACUCUCUGGCCUCUGGUUGUGCUUCUCGGUGUACUGCUGCUGUCGGGUCAGAUCACUGAAGGAUUCAGCUUUGGCGCAACUGUUAAUAUCGAACCGUUUAUUAAGGACGGAUUGCAGAAGGUCAAAGCUUACUACAGUGUUUUGUCCAGCCUGCCCUGUCCAGCCCUGGAGGAGUUGUGUAAUGAAGUGGACUGCAGUCCUCACGUCACCUCCUCUCCUCUGAAAGGACUGGUACCUUCACCCGGCUGGUGCCUCCGUCAGUGGCAGAAAACCAUUCCCCAAAACUACACCUCGAAAAUCAAGCUCGGGUCUACUGAAGAUGUGUCACUUUACACAAGAGCUGAUCUGUCCAUCCGAUCAGAUACAAACCGCAUCAACCGUGCUCCAAACGCCGCCCUGCUGCCUCCCGUCCGGUUACGUGCAGGUUGUCGUCAGGUAAUCCCUCUGAAUGUUCUGGAUCUGGACGGAGAUGCGGUUCGCUGUCGGUAUGGGAAGACCAGCCUUGGUGCAUUUUUGCAACUCAACAAAGAGACAUGCACGCUGCUGUAUGGAGGUGCAGCAGCUGCGGGUCAGUAUACAGUGGAGGUGAUGGUGGAAGAUUUUCCUUCGUCUGUGAUUCUGAGCGAGGCAACGCCUUUCUCCACCGUAUCUCUGCAGCUCUCCAUAACUGUUGAGAAUGAAGCGGGCUGCCCAGCAGCACCAGAGUUCAGAGGUGUGAGCCCAGCGGGUGGCUCUCUAGUGCAUGUGCUGCCCUUUCAGGAGAUCCAUGUCAACAUUACAGUGUACUCAGGAGUACAAGAAGUGACAGAAAUGGCAGUGAUUGGUCCUCCAGGUCUUUUUGUAUCACCCGUGACAACAACCCUGAAGUCCCAAACAUCCACAACACUGUCCUGGGUCAGAGGUCCUGAUCCGUCUGCACAUCUUCUCUCUGUUUGUUUUGUUGCAAACACCAAGAGCCUGCAGUCUGAGAUCAGGUGUAUGUGGCUCCAACAAACACAAAUGGACCCUUUGCCCCCAGGAACAGAAUUGAAAUGUAAUGAGCAGAAGCUGGAAAUGUCUCUUUUGCUGCCCAUCUCUUUCCUGGAGGAUCUUCAUCUCACUGUUCUGCAGUUGAAUGACCCGACCUGUCCAGUGUUAUACAACAGCACACACGUAACAACAACCUUCUCUCUGACGGGCUGUGGCACCAAAACGGUGCACUUGGGGUCAGAGUUGCUGUACACCAACACUUUACGCAGCGUCAGUUCCAACUCGACCAUCACCCGCGAUGCCAGUCUUGUCCUACCCCUCGCUUGCCGAAUUUCCAGCCAGCUAGCCGCAGGUCCAAACUUUCGAAUCGUGGUACCGUCAGAAGUGGAGACGUUCGGUGCUGUGUCCUUCUGGCUGGAGUUUCACAUUCCUGGUGAGGGCCCAAUGGCUACUGACACACGACAGGCACGGUUACGCAGUUCACAGUCUGUGAGGACUCCUCGAGAGCUCCAUCGCUCCGGACAGCUGGACAUGUUGGACCUGCAUGUGUUUUCUAACUGUUCAUUGGCCCGUGCGGAGCUCAUGGUGGGCCGCUGUGUGGAAUCAGAAACAAGUGACUUUCUUCAUACACGGCCUCUCCUCAGCCAAGGGUGUGUAUCUGGAAACAGUACUUUAGAGGUCCUGACGUCAACAUCAACUGUUCGGAUUUACCGCUUAUAUCUUAAUUCUUUGGAAUUAAAAGGAGACACGAUGUAUGUUGAGUGUGAAGUGCAUCUCUGUGUGACCACCAAACAAACGCAGAGUUGUGCAGACCCCUGUACAAAAUCAUCCCAGAGAUCGCUAGUAGAUAGCAUUCAAACCAGCACUUAUAAAGUACGCUCAGGGCCGGUUUCCAUCGUAAAGCCAGCCACACAAACCAGCACAGCUACACCAACCCAAACCAUUAAACCUAUCAACCUGCCUCCCAUCAGCCAAACCACUGCGACCUUGCUGUCCUGCAAUCCGUGUGAACGUGUGCUCUGGGCUACUGCUGUGACCCUGUUGACUGUGCUCAUGCUAUCAUAAUGGAUUCCCUCAUGACCUCUUCUUCACCAAUGACUGAGAAAAUCAUCUUUUAAUUUCCCUUUUUCUGUCAAAUAUAUGGUAUCACUUAACAAUAAAGUUAUAAUAACUAUAAGCGUGAGUUAAUGUAUUGAUUAGCUAACAUGAACUAACAAUGUGCAAUAUAGUUUUUAUUAAAGCAUCUAAUAAUCUUCAAUGUCAAUACAAUCGUUCAUUGUGCAUUAUCAAAUGUUUACAGCUGCAGAUGCUGAGAUUAACAAAAACAAUAAACAUUGCUUAGACAGCAUUUAUUCAUCUUAGUUUGUUAAUGCAUUAACUAAUGUUUACAAAUACAAGCAAAUUUUAGUGAUUCCAAAUGUCUUAAUGAUAUCUGUCUUUUUGCAGUGGUUUUUAAUCACUAUUACAAUUUUAUUCUCAAAUUAAUAUAUUUCAUUAAAGCACAAAACUACUUUUCA